CUACAACAGGGGUGUCAAACUGGAGGCUCUCCAGCUGUUGCGAAACUACAAGUUCCAUCAUGCCUCUACCUUUGGGAGUCAUGCUUGUAACUGUCAAUCUUGCAAUGCCUCAUGGGACUUGUAGUUUGGCAACAGCUGGAGGGCUGCCAGUUUGACACCCGUGGUCUACAAUCAUGGUGGGCAACUAUGGCCCUCCAGCUGUUGGUGAACUACAAGUCCCAUCAUGCCUCUGCCUUUGGGAGUCAUGCUUGUAACUGUCAGUUUUGCAAAGCCUCAUGGGACUUGUAGUUCUACAACAGCUGGAGGGCCACAGUUGCCCACCCCUGACCUAGGCAAUCCAAAGCUAGCACCUCCUGCACUC